CGGGGAUGCAUUUUACUUCGGCCCAGAGCGGAUGGGAACGAGAUUCGAGGACGACGAGGAAGCCCGCAUCAAAAGCGGGUACAGCGAGUCGACGUUCAAGGCGAUUUUGGACAGAAUCGAGGACGAAGCAUCAGAGGUAUGUCGUCUCGCAACUUUUCUCGUCGUGAAGUUGCGGUGCGUAUCGUUUUGGAUGGCAUCUGAUGUGGUCGAUGCUCUGGGGGGGCCUGGGACGGAAUCUCCGUCGUGGUCAUGCGAGGCGAUACGUUUCGCUGUCUAUCAGGUCUGCAUCGAUGUUGUAUGCAAACUAUGCGCCUUCCUCAUGAAUGGCGAAACCCAUCUCUUUUUGCCACUCCGCAUGCAAUGAAUCUGGUAGACCAGGGCAAACGAGUCUUCAUCAAAGACAUCACUCACUACCUGCUUCCGCCAUCAAAGCAGCAGGGACGCAUCGCGCCUUCUCUUCAACGAGUGAAGCGUGGUGUCGGCACUGGUGGAAUGCCGGUCGUGGUCGACAGCGACGUCGUAUCCGUCGAGUCGAAAGACUCUGGCAGCGAUAACGACAGUGGUGUUGCCAUGGACAGCCCGCCGCGUAAGGUUGCACCAUUCCCUUACGAGAACAGCGUAGCAGAACCGAACAAUCCCUCGGUCAUGCCUCGCGAAAUUUUGGAGAAAUUCCAUUUCACUUUCUUGAUUCGUCACCCGAGGUCGUCGAUCCCCAGUUACUACCGUUGCACCAUUCCACCAUUGGUUGAGCGGACUGGGUUCCCGUACUUCAUGCCUGAAGAGGCUGGAUACGACGAGCUGCGCCGGUUCUUCGACUACUUGAGAUCAUCCGGAUUGGUCGGACCGCAGAUCUGUGGUCAAGACAAUUCGAACGUCGAGAACGCGGCUGCUGGAAGCGUAGAAAUCUGCGUCAUUGAUGCCGAUGACAUGCUUGAUGAUCCGGAAGGAAUCUUGAGCAAAUAUUGCAAAUCCGUCGGACUUGAAUACAAGCCGGAGAUGCUGACUUGGGAUACCGAGGAGGCUCACGAAUUUGCCAAGGAGCAAUUCGAGAAAUGGACCGGAUUCCACGACGAUGCCAUUAACUCGAAGGACUUGAAGCCGCGGAAACACAAGAAAGCCGUGAAGAGCGACGAGGAGCUGUACGCUGAGUGGAGUGAGAAAUACGGCAAAGAGGGCGCCGACGUGAUCCGCAAGACUGUCGAGGACAAUGUCGCCGACUACGAAUACCUGAAGCAAUUCGCCAUCAAGGCAUGAAGUAACCA